AUGCUCAACUGGCACGAUUUUGACGCCGUCUUUCAGCCAAAGACCGACUAUGCCUAUGACGCCCGGACGGUAGAGAGUAUCAUCAAGCAUCGCAAGGAGUUCGGCGACCAGCUAUUCUUCGACCGCAUCUGGAAGACGAUUGGUCUUACAAGACCUGCAAGGAAUAACUAUCCACCCCGGUCCAACCAGGAUCUGCGCAAUCUGUGGUCCAAGAUCGUUCAGUCGACCGCUCCCGAUGAGCAGAAACUUGCCCUUCUAUACUACUUGCUCAGAGACUGUCGCCAGCUGCCGAACGCCGACUCAAAUUUUGCCCGAAGAACAUACCUCCCUCAGAGAUGGCAGCUUCUGGUUGCUGGGUUGUGGGAACUCGAUCACGCUCAAUUCUCUCGCGCCCUCGAACACCUCACAGACCCAUCGCUAACACCGACCUUUACUGACGAGAUCCUCCUUACACUACUUCGACAUCCAAAAUGCGAGCCUUCAUUGGCGACGGCGUACUAUAUUGCUAUGUCUCCCCCACUGGAAGAUCCGGUAGCGCUUGAAGCAUAUUUCGAGUUGGUCAUAAGCAACAACCUGGUGGAAGCAUAUUAUUUCGCGCAACGACAAAACGAAGCAAGACACAAAACGCUGUUUGAGAAACUUAUUGUUGCCGUACUUGAGGACAGCCCUGGCCAUGCUCGUGCGGAGCGAGCGACGCUUCUCGUUGGACUGCCGUUGACCGACCAGGAGGAGGGUUGGUUCGAGCGUUGCAUAUUGGACGGUACAGCUUCCAAGCUGCCCGGUGCAAAGGACUCUCUCAUGGCAAGGGUAAUUAUGAUGGGGAGGUCAGCCAGCGGUUCACCUGCGCUGAGCAGGCUGAAAGGCGACGACAUUGGCGGGAUCGACUGGGAGGUCGUGAAAGCGGGAAUUGCCGAUGCGGUCCCCCAUUGA